AUGGAUAAUUCAAAACGAAAACUAGCUUUUGCCAAAUCGUCCGAAGAGAAUGCAAAGAAGUCACGAAAUCAAUGGAUAAAUUCUUUUGAAAAUGUGUGCAAUGAUAUUUUCUAUGAAAUAUGCGAUUAUCUCGAAGGUUUGGAUAUUUGCAGAGCAUUUUUAAAUCUUAAUUCACGCUUUCAACAAUUACUUAAACAUUCAUCCAUUCGAUUGAAAAUAAACAUUUAUAAUUCGACGCAAAAAGACGAAUUUUUCAAAUAUUCCAAAGUGAUCAAACGCCAAAUCCAUUCAAUUUCUUUACAAAUACUACGAUAUUCUCUUGAUCAAUUCUUCUCCAUUGAUCGUUCAUUUCAUAAUCUUCAAUCAAUUUCCAUUGGAGACAUUGAAAGCGAUCAACUGAUCUCUUUACUUAUUCAUUUACGUCAUUUACCUUGUCUUUAUUCGUUAAAUAUUAAAACAACUGAUCUAAUUGACGAUUUAAAUGAAAUUUAUCAAUUAAUAUUUUCAUUACCUAAAUUAAAAUCCAGUAAACUCGAUUUAUACCGAGACGAACUUUCAAUAUCCAUUCCAAUAUCAAAUAAUUCCUCGAGAAGUCCGAUCGAAUUUCUUUAUGUCGUCCAUUAUUGUACAUUUGAUGAACUCUCGGUAAUAAUAUCUUGUACACCUUUCCUUCGACAUCUUAAACUUUCACAAACGAAUAAAAAUGAUCGAGAUCUGACAAAUUUGGUGCCAAUGAAUUUGAAUCAUCUCUCGAUAUGCAUAAGUGAUUUGAAUUUCGCUGAAUUUGAAUUAUUUGUCAGGAAAAUUCAUUCUACUAAUUUGAAAAUUCUUCAUAUUAAUUUUGCACAGCGUGACAUUCGUUUUCUUCGUGCUGAUUGUUGGCAAAAAUUACUUUCACAACAAUUUCCUCAAUUAGAAAACUUUUCCUUAUGUUAUCGUGAAUUGGGAUUUCGUGGUGAACAUCCCGCUUACGGCGGAGAAUUAAAUUCAUUCGUUUCACUAUUUUGGAUUCAACUCAACCUAAUCUUCGAUAUCGAAAUUCGUGAAAAUGCGAAUUUUUAUUUUAUCCGUUCAUUGAAAAAGAGAUGGUACCAACAUUCUCUGGAACAUUCGAAAUCAACACAAUUGACAGUCAAAUAUGUUUAUUCUUACGAGCCGGCUCAUCUUCUAUUACAACAAAUCAAACGUGUCUUGAAUUUCACGCAAAUUUAUCAUUUAAAUAUAGAACAGAAGAUUUCGACGAUGAGACUAAUGGAAAUUCUACAUUUGUUACCUGAUUUAAUUACAUUAAAAAUCAAUUCUCUGUCGUUAUAUCAAACAUCGUUUCGAGUUUUUGAACGAGAACUUGAUCGAACAUUGGUAUUAGAACAUACAAAUAAUAUCAAAUGUGUUUAUCUGGAGAAAACAUUUACAACGAAAGAUAUUUCUUUUCUGAUAUCAUUUUGUCCUCAGAUGAAAUAUCUUAAUGUUGAAUGUCUUCAAAAUAUGAAUAUUCAACUAUUUCUCAGAAAGAUUCUCAAGCAAAUGAACGAAAAACAUCACGAAUAUUUGCGUUCAUUAUGUAUUUACACAAAAAAAGCUGAUGAACAAAUGGUGAAAGAACUGAAUGAAAUGAUCUCUCAGGAAACACUUUUAGCAGAUUACACAAUUCGUCGAGAACUUUAUAAUAUUCAUUUGAAAUGGAAAUAA